CUCCGGCUGUGUUACGUUAAUACUGGCCGAAUAAAACUACGUACGUGAACAAAAAAAAAAAAGAACAUCUGUGUUUAAUUUCGAUUAAUUACAUUUUUGGUGUGAUACUGUUAUUAGUUAUGAUAAAUUUAAAAACCGAACGAUAUGAUUAAAUUUGUUUGAGUGUCGAAUAGUGGGCAUUUCAAUACAAACUGAUAAGCAUCGAUAGCUGUUCUCGAGGAAGUAAAAGCAGGUCCCGAUGCUAUGAUGCUGGACGAGCUCGGGCCAACAGUGGCCUCCAACCAGUCAACCUCGCUAGCGGAUCUCGAUAGCUUCUACGUCACGUUCUACGAUGUCGAAAACGAGAGAUAUGUUAACGAUUCGCAAAACGCAACCGAGCCAUACCAAUCCUUCAUCCUGCCGUGGUGGAGGCAGAUUCUGUGGACGGUGCUUUUCGCUGGGAUGGUGGUCGUCGCCACCGUGGGAAACCUGGUUGUCAUCUGGAUAGUGCUCACCAACAAGCGGAUGAGAAGCGUCACCAAUUACUUCUUGGUGAAUCUAUCGGUGGCCGAUGCAAUGGUGUCUACACUUAACGUCACCUUCAACUUCACGUACAUGCUGAACUCCAACUGGCCCUUCGGACAUUUCUACUGCAAAUUCUGUCAGUUUAUAGCGGUACUAAGCAUCUCUGCGUCUGUCUUCACGCUCCUUGCGAUCAGCGUUGAUCGCUACGUCGCCAUCAUGAGUCCACUUCAGCCGCGUCUCGGCAAGAGAGCGACCCUCGGCAUCACCGCAGCCAUCUGGGCGUGGAGCUCCUUCAUCAGCAGCCCCAACCUCAUUUACUUCACAACUGAAAACGUCUCCUUGCCCGACGGAACUAUCAGAUGUGUUUGCUACUCUCAUUGGCCAGACGGUAUGACGACUAGAUCUCGCUUAGAAUAUGCGUACAAUGUGUUGUUCAUGGUGCUGACAUACUUCAUGCCCAUAAUAGCGAUGACCUACGCAUACUCCAGGGUCGGGGUGGAGCUGUGGGGAUCGCAGUCUAUUGGAGAGUGCACGCAACGACAGCUAGACAAUGUAAAGAGCAAACGACGGGUAGUUAAAAUGAUGAUCGUUGUGGUCGUCAUCUUCGCUGUCUGCUGGUUACCGUUCCAUGUUUACUUUGUGGUAACAUCGUACUAUCCUGAUGUUGUGAGCUACCCGCAUAUUCAAGAAAUCUACUUGGGCAUCUAUUGGCUGGCGAUGAGUAACUCGAUGUAUAAUCCCAUCAUUUAUUGCUGGAUGAACUCAAAAUUCCGACGAGGCUUUAAGCAGUUCUUCUGGUGUUGUGGUGCUUUCGGUGGUGGUGGCCUCGCCAGGCACAGGGCUCUGGGACCAGACAGGACGGAUAGAUCCAUGCGCUCCCUCUCACCCAGCCGAAAGAACGGAACAAGCACUAUCCGGAUUUCGAUGCAUAGCAUGUACAACAACAACGCGUCGGUGAGUGCGGGAUGACCUCGGCGCGGCGUAGCGGGCGAGGGGAUGCGCGCCCGCCCCCCGCAUGCCGCCACCGCCCCCGCACACGCCGUCGAGCGCACGUGGAUUUGACGCGACCGACGCGAGCGCGUCCCCCUCACCCCACAACAACUGUACGCGUGAACGUGCUUAAAUAAAAAUCAGACCUUAUAAACAUAUUUUUGACCAGUGGAACAUUGCGGUGACUUAUCUGAGCAAUAAUUGAGAUGUACAUUGUAAUGGCUCGGUCGAGAUUGAAUAUCGAUAAAUAGAAUUAAUGCCAUCAGUCGAAAGCGUCUGUAUACUUUUGAUUUUAAUAUUAGACAAUGAUGUUUGAAUGUACAUAUUUAUGUUUGUAAGAAUAUCACGCUUUUUUAGGAUAAUAAGAAAGAAAGAAGUAAAAUUUUACUUGGAAAAGACCUAAUGGUCUGAGUUGAAAACCCUUAAAAAAUGGUCUCGAAAUCAAUGUGUUAAUCAACCCUUAGUCGUCACAAUAAAAAAAAACAUUUUUUAUUUUGAUAUUCUAAAAUUGACGUAAUUCUUAUUAUCAAUACAAGUGUGUUUUGUGUCUACUUUCAUAAAUCUUUUAAUAACAAUUAUUAUAUAUAAAAAAAUCGUAAUAUUGGCAAUUUUAAAAUAUUUAGAUAUAUUUAGGUAAAUUAUCUUUAUUUCGUACGCACUAAACAUUAUAAUAGUCUGCUCCCGCGCGCUCUAUCGAUGUAUUCAUAAAACAAAAUAAUUUUGUAAAAUAGCAUAAUA